CCCUAAGUUGAUUUUCUAUAACUAUGUUUAUAGAAACGAUGGAAGAAAAAAACUAUACUUACCUUUAAAAUAGUUCAAACUUAAAUGGGAUUUUCUAUAAGUAUGUUUAAAUUGAGACAUUUUAGAAAAUGAUGGGACAAAAAAUUACUCCAUAUUUACCUCUAAAAUAGUGGUGUGGAGAAGAGAAGGGCAGUUUCGUAGCUUGUGUAGUGCUCUGCUCUUAUCCUGGGAUGAAUUCUUGGUGACUUUACAAAAUGAAAGCCUUGGAAGCCUCCGCCAUCAUCAACUCUAUCUCCAGUUUUCCUAUCCCAUCAACUAAACCAAUUUCCUCCAAAGCUCUGCUCCCCAUUACUAAUUCCACAACUCAAUUCACCUCCCUCUGCUGCAUAAACUGCACCAAAAGGGACAAAUUUUCAGCGGUUGAGACCGUCGAUGCCAGAGAUGAAGACGAUGAUAGCGCAGAAGAAGAAACGGCCUCCACUUCGAUUGCUACUGCUGCCGAUUGGGAGGCACGAUUUCUUGGGGAGAUAAACCCCCAAAGAAAAUUGCCACCUAAGAAGCAGCCCAAUUCUAGGUUACUCCAAGAAAAUGAUCAAAUGGAUUGGUGCGUUAGGGCUAGGAAAGUUGCUCUUAAAUCCAUCGAGGCUAGAGGAUUGACGGCCAAAAUGGAGAGAAUGGUUACUGGCGAUAAAAAGAAGAAGAAAAAGAAAAAGAAGAAAAAGCAGCCUAAAAUUGAUGAUGAUGAUGAUGAGGACGAGGGUAAUGAUCUGGAUUUUGGCGUAGAUGAUGCUGAUUUUGAUUUGGACUCUUCCGACAAGGCUAGUCAUCUUAGGCAAACAGUGAGUAAGAUUGCAGGCGGGAUGUUCGAAGAAAAGAAGGAGAGAACAAUGGAGACCUUGAUCGAAAGGCUUUCGCAGUUUUCGGGGCCUUCGGAUCGCAGGAAAGAGAUAAACUUGAACAAGUCGAUUGUGGAAGCUCAGACUGCAGAUGAAGUCUUGGAGGCUACGGCUGAAGUGAUCAUGGCUGUGACCAAAGGGCUCACCCCUUCGCCUCUUUCGCCUCUGAAUAUCGCCACAGCCUUGCACCGGAUUGCCAAGAACAUGGAGAAGGUGUCGUUGAUGAGGACCCAUAGGCUGGCAUUUGCACGGAGGAGAGAGAUGUCUAUGCUUGUGGGGAUGGCAAUGGCCGCGCUGCCAGACUGCUCAGCGCAGGGAGUUUCAAACAUUGCGUGGGCGCUGUCCAAGAUUGGCGGGGAGCUUCUUUAUCUGUCUGAAAUGGACAGGCUGGCUGAGGUGGCUGUGGCUAAAGUGGACGAGUUCAAUUCGCAGAAUGUUGCUAACUUGGCUGGAGCUUUUGCUUCUAUGCAGCAUUCUGCUCCAGAGCUCUUUGCAGAGCUAUCCAAGAGGGCAUCUGCUGUGAUCACCACUUUCCAGCCGCAAGAAAUUGCCCAAGUGUUGUGGGCUUUUGCUUCACUCAAUGAGGCUGCAGACCCUUUGCUUGACUCUCUCGAUCAUGUGUUUAUGGGCUGCUCUAUAAUAGCUAAUCUUGAUGAUGAGAGAGAAGAGGUUUUGGGCCCUCUAACAGUUACAUUCAGCAGAGAUCAGCUUGGUAAUAUAGCUUGGUCAUAUGCAGUAAUGGGGAGAUUGGAUCGCGUGUUCUUUUCACACGUGUGGAGAACGUUGAUCCAUUUUGAUGAGCAAAAUAUCAGCGAGCAGCAUAAGGAGGACAUUGUGUUUGCUUCUCAGCUUCACCUGGUGAAGCAGUGCCUCAAAGUUGAGUACCCUGAGCUUGAGGUAUCACUAUCUGGUGAACUGGAGAAGAGAAUUGAAGGCGCUGUGAAAACUAAGAAGUUCAAUCAAAAGGUGACUUCCUCGUUUCAGAAGGAGGUGCUGCGUCUCCUUGUUAGCACUGGUCUGGAGUGGAUCAAAGAGUAUAGCGUGGAUGGCUACACGGUGGAUGCAGUCUGUAUUGAUAAGAAAGUGGCUCUAGAAAUUGACGGGCCAACUCAUUUCUCAAGGAACACUGGAGUGCCGCUGGGGCAUACUGUGCUCAAACGUCGUUACAUUGCUGCAGCUGGGUGGAAGAUCGUCUCCGUGUCUCAUCAAGAUUGGGAAGAACUCCAAGGUGAAUUCGAGCAGCUUGAUUAUCUUACAAGGAUUCUGGGCGAUGCUUUAGUUGAUAAGAACAGCAAUGUUGUAUUGUCCUAGUGUUGUUUGUUUGUUGAAUCAGGCUACACGUGAUGAAAAGUUUCUGUUUUUGUUUUGAUCAUAAAUGUUUAUGCGCGUUUGAGUUGGGCAA